AUGGAACUGCACUCCUUGCUCAUAGUAAAUGGCCACUCAACCCAACUCAAUUCGCAAACCAAACUUGUUAGUUUAUAUGGUUCGCUUGGGGACACGAAAACCGCCCGCCUGGUGUUCGAUCAAAUGUCAAACCCAGAUAUGUUCUCAUGUAAAGUAAUGAUCAGAUGGUAUUUCCUAAACGAUCUACACCUUGAAACUAUCAUGUUCUACAGGUGUAUGACGAAAUGCCUCAAAGAACAUGACAAUGCUGUCUUUUCGAUUGUAGUCAAGGCAUGUACAAAGCUGCGAGAUAUUAAUGAAGGAAAAAAAGUUCAUUGUCAUAUUGUGAAAGCAGGAAACCCUGAUGGUUUUGUUUUGACUAGUCUUGUAGAUAUGUACGCCAAAUGUGGUCAAAUUAACUGUUCAAGAAGAGUUUUUGAUGAUAUUAUUGAUAAAGAUGUUGUUUCUUGGACUUCUAUGAUAGUUUCUUAUGUGCAAAAUGGUUGCCCUGAAGAAGCUUUCAUGGUGUUCAAUAGAAUGAGAAGUGAUUUAAUUCAAGGCAAUCAACAUACAUUUGGUAGCAUCAUUUCGGCUUGUACAAAGUUAAGAGCUUUACAUCAAGGAAAAUGGGUUCAUGGGUAUGCUAUAAAGAGUGGAAUUGGUCUCAAUUCACAUAUGGUAAGUUCUCUUGUAGACAUGUAUGUGAAAUGUGGUGCAAUUCUUGAUGCUCGAUCUUUAUUGAACGAGCAUCAAGAAGCCAUGACUGGCUGUCCAAGUGUCGAUCUUGUCACUUGGACAUCUAUGAUUGUUGGGUACACGCAAAACGGUUACCCGAAUGAAGCAAUUGCAUUGUUUACAGACAAAAAUUGGAUUGAUAUUUUACCAAAUUCGGUCACAAUUGCAAGUGUGAUUUCUGCGUGUUCACAAUUGGGUGAUUCGAAAUUAGGUAAAGUGAUACAUUCUUUAGGGGUUAAGUUAGGGUUAGAAGAUGGUAAUGUGAGAAAUGCUCUUGUGGACAUGUAUGCAAAAUGUGAGAUGAUUAAAGAAGCUCGUUAUUUAUUCGAUACUAUUUCAAACAAAGAUUUAGUGUCAUGGAAUUCGAUUAUAAACGGGUAUGCCAAAAUUGGUUGUACUUAUGAAGUUACAAGAUUAUUUAAUCAAAUGAGAUACGAAGGUUUUCAUCCAGAUGAAAUUACUAUGGUGUCACUACUUUCUUGUUUUGAUCUUCAUCUUGGUUCUUCUCUUCACGCUUACUCCAUUAAAGGGUUCCUUUCCUUUGACAAUGUUUAUAUUGGGACAUCACUUGUCAACUUCUAUGCCAAAUUCGGAAAACUAAAAACCGCAUGCCACGUGUUUGAUAAAAUGCCUCAGAGAAAUACAGUUUCAUGGAAUGCUUUGAUUAAUGGGCAUGGGAUACAAGGCGAUUGUAGUGGCUCCAUGGAACUUUUCAAUGACAUGUUGAAGGAAAACUUGGAUCCAACUGAUGCAACAUUUACAUCGAUUCUGUCAGCUUGUAGUCACACUGGAAUGAUUGAAGGAUUGAAGUUUUUCGAUUUGAUUACAAAAGAAUUCGAAUUUGUUCCAAAAAUGAAGCACUAUGGGUGUUUGGUGGACUUGUUGGCUCGUUAUGGAAACCUUGAAGAAGCAUUUAACUUCAUCAAGAAAAUGCCUGUUAGACCUGAUGUCACCUUGUUGGGAUCAUUUCUCCAUGGAUGUAGUAUGCACUCGAGGUUUGACCUUGGUGAAGCUAUGGAAGAUGGAAUCAAGUUUUAA